UCCAUUCCUUAUCAGUUUGCCAAGUAGCUACCUACUUGAUUUUGUGCAGUCUUUUUCUUGGGCGACCCCAAUUUGCACUUUUGUCGAAAUUUUCUCCAUAUGAAUGGUAACCAAAUUUUGGUUUUGGGACCAAACUGCUUUCGAAAUUGGAAUACGGUGACGUACUGUUCAAUAUCAAACAACAUGCAAACCUAGAAAGUUUUUUUCUCUGCGUUUCAACAAGAUGAACGUAGUACGUACUUGAUAUCGGAUGUGAAGAAACCGAAAUGCAUUUGUUUGUAAAAAAAACUUGCCGAAGACUGAGUUGUCUCUUGAAGAAACGUGUCAUAAUAUUCUCAAGCAUCUGCAUUCCAGUUUUAAUCCUACUUGGAAUACAGUUCAUGAGGGAAUCACCGCUGAGCCAACCAUUCGCUUACGAAUGCUGUCCCCCGACCAGUAAUUACACCAGGACAAAUUUGUACUUCCUGAAAACUCACAAAACUGGGGGCACAACUGUAAAAAGUGUCAUGGUACGGUUUGCCAUUAAGAACUCGAUCGAUACACUGAUUCUUCGCGGCAAUUCUUAUAAUAAACCAUUUUCAAAUUUGUCACUACAUCCUCAAGCAAUAACACCCAAUUAUAAAUUUCAUAUGUUUGGGCAACAUGUUCGAUAUGAUUCCAACAUGAAACUAUUUCAAUACCCUGAUACAUCAAUGAUAACCAUAUUGAGACAUCCAGCUACACUAUUUAGAUCAAUGUAUACCUUUUUCCGAUUGGAGAACUACGUUGGUAUGACUUUUCAAGAAUUCUUGAAUGCACCAGUCAAGCCUGCAGUUUUAAUAAGCGAGGAUAGUGAUAGGAAUAUCAGAGGAUAUAACCAAAUGAGUCUAGAUCUAGGAUUUGAUUCGGAACACAGUAAUAAUCAGACCGCUGUCACAGAAUUCAUUAUGAAAAUAGAUAGAGAAUUUGAUUUGGUCAUGAUAAUGGAGUACAUGGAUGAGUCGUUUGUUAUGUUAGCCAAUUUAAUGGGAUGGCCUUUGGAAUAUGUAGCUUUCUUGAAACUAAAUAGCAGACCUCCAGGAGAAAACACGUGUCCUCUAACAAAGCAAGAUGAAUUAACUUUAAUGGAACUCAAUCACGUCGAUACCCAAUUAUAUAACUAUUUUCAUGAGAAAUUCCUCAGAUGUAAGAGACAAUAUGGAGAAGAUAACUUGAACCAACAAGUAGAGAAAUUACAAAUCAUCAAUAAAAACUUCGAGGAAAGAUGCGUGGCUGAAGAAGUUAUACGUUUGAGUAGGCGUAAUACGGAAAGAAUAGAGUAUAUUCCUAAGAAUAUGUCAGAUAUGGAAUGUGUUUACUCGCUGCAGACGUCUGCUGUACUAUCACAAAUAAUUCGCAAUAUUCAAAUUGAAAAACUGAACUCGGGUGAAAAUGAGGUGAGCAGGUCCACACUGAACUUACUACAAAAUUACUAGUUUCCUUGUGGAGUUUACUCGUAGAUAAAAAUACACCUUUUUGGAUUGAGAAUGGGCCCACUACUGGAAACAGGGUCAUUUGGGCUAUGAGGCAUUGUAUUUUUAAAUUUUAAUUACUUCUCAAUAUGAAAAUAAUUUGAAAAAAUUGCCAUUUUGGAGUCUGAUUUUUAUAAUUUUCCAGUUGAUUUUUCUGAGCCAGGCAUAUCUGAGGAAGAUUAAUUCACAUAAAAUAAGAAAAAAUUGUUUGAAAUUGGAAGAAAAUUUACCGGCUAAACUGACGUCACAUAUUCCAACACUGUUGCCAAUUUCAUCAAAAAUUGAAAAUAAAAAUCAUUUUUCAGUGAUUUGAAAAUUUUUGCUGCAUGUUUGAAUUUUUUCAUUUUUUCACUACCUUUUCGACUGAAUUCACUACUUUUUCAGUUCUUUCACUACCCAUUUUUAAAAUCACUACUUUUUCACUACUUUCACUUCCUGUUAGAAGCCCUGUCAUUACAUUUUUAAUGCAAGAAAUCCACUGUUUUCCCACCUUCGAAAUUAUUAAAAGCUCGAACAAAUACUUUCUGAAUAAAUACAUAAGGUAAGUGCAUGAAAUACGAAAAAAGUAAUAAAUUUAGUAUACAAGAAAUAAAAAUAAAU